AGCAGCAUCCAUUCCAAUCGCGCAGGUUUGCCUUGGAGAAGAGGAUUUAGCAACGGCGGCGUCGCGAGGCGAAGGUUCCCCCAAAGGCCCGACGCAGCCAAUGAGCGGGCGGGAAGGGCGGGGCUUGAGAAGAUAGCGAGCGAGCGAGGGAGAGAAAGCGGGCGAGCGCGAGGUAGAUUAUUGUGGCGGCGCGCGGGGCAUGGCGCGAGGUGGCGAUGGCGGCGGCAGAGCGGGAACGGGGCUGAGGGAGAAGCGGUGUGGAUGAGGGUGAGGGAAGCCACCAUGAGCGCGGCGCGGGAGGCCCCCGCCAGGCAGACAUGGAGCCGGUCCAGCGCGGCGCUGAGGCGGGCUGCUUGCUUGGCGGCAGCGGCGUACGGGCUGAGGCUGCUCUGGCGCCUCAGGAAGAGGAGAAGAGCGGCGCCGCUUCCUCAGCAUCCUCUCCCUCCGCAGGAGGAAGACGCGGGCGGUGCUUUCCUCCUUCCUGAGGCGUCGUCGCUCUUGCUGCGGCCUUCCUCCUCCUCCUCGUCCUCGCCGCCGCUCCCUCGCGGCUCCCCGGCGGCCAACGCGGAGUUCUUCCGCCAGCUUCUGGAGCUGCGCCAGAUCCUGUUCCCGCAGCUGCUGGGCCGGGAGAGCGGCUGGCUUGGCCUGCACUCGGUGGCCCUGGUCUCGCGCACCUUCCUCUCCAUCUACGUGGCCGGCCUGGACGGCAAGAUCGUCAAGAGCAUCGUGGAGAAGAAGCCCCGCCGCUUCGCCUGGCAGCUGCUCAAGUGGCUGGCCAUCGCCGUCCCCGCCACCUUCGUCAACAGCGCCAUCCGCUACCUGGAGGGACAGCUGGCCCUGGCCUUCCGCACCCGCCUCGUCGCCCACGCCUACCGCACCUACUUCGCCGACCAGACCUACUACAAGGUCAUCAACAUGGACGGGAGGUUGGCCAACCCGGACCAGUCCCUCACCGAGGACAUCGCCAUGUUCUCCCAGUCGGUGGCCCACCUCUACUCCAACCUCACCAAGCCCAUCCUGGACGUGGUGCUCACUUCCUACACCCUCAUCCAGACCGCCCGCUCCCGAGGGGCCAGCCCCGUGGGGCCCACCCUCCUGGCCGGGCUGGUCGUCUACACCACCGCCAAGGUCCUCAAGGCCUGCUCGCCCCGCUUCGGGAAGCUGGUCGCUGAGGAGGCCCAGCGCAAGGGCUACCUGCGCUACGUCCACUCCCGCAUCAUCGCCAACGUGGAAGAGAUAGCCUUCUACCGGGGCCACAAGGUAGAAAUGAAUCAACUCCAGAAAAGCUACAAAGCUCUGGCAGACCAAAUGAACCUCAUUUUGUCCAAACGUUUGUGGUACAUCAUGCUAGAACAGUUCCUGAUGAAGUAUGUAUGGAGCAGCAGCGGUUUGAUCAUGGUAGCCGUACCAAUCAUCACUGCAACAGGAUUUGCAGAUGGCGAAUUAGAAGAUGGUCAGAAACAAGCAAUGGUGAGUGAACGGACGGAAACAUUCACUACUUCACGGAAUUUAUUGGCUUCUGGAGCAGAUGCUAUUGAGAGGAUCAUGUCUUCUUACAAAGAGGUCACAGAGUUAGCAGGCUACACAGCUCGUGUGUACAACAUGUUUUCAGUUUUUGAUGAAGUGAAGAGAGGCAUUUACAAAAGAUCAGCUGUUUUUCAAGAAUGUGAUAGCAACAACAAGAAGAAUGUAAAAACAGGAAGACAUAUUGAUGGUCCCUUAGAAAUCAAAGGAAGAGUGAUAGAUGUUGAUCAUGGAAUUAUCUGUGAAAAUGUUCCUAUUAUUACCCCAAAUGGAGAUGUGGUGGUUUCCAGGCUAAACUUCAAAGUUGAGGAAGGGAUGCAUCUUCUAAUCACUGGGCCCAAUGGCUGUGGGAAGAGCUCUCUCUUCAGAAUUCUCAGUGGCUUAUGGCCUGUCUAUGAAGGAGUUCUCUACAAACCACCUCCCCAACAUUUGUUCUAUAUUCCACAAAGGCCUUACAUGUCCAUUGGAACACUGCGGGAUCAAGUUAUCUAUCCUGACUCAGUAGAUGACAUGCAUGAAAAAGGGUACCAAGACCAGAACCUUGAGUGUAUCCUGCAGAUUGUUCAUUUAAAUCACAUAGUACAAAGAGAAGGGGGGUGGGAUGCUGUGACAGAUUGGAAAGACGUCCUGUCUGGAGGAGAAAAACAGAGGAUGGGCAUGGCUCGUAUGUUUUACCACAAGCCCAAAUACGCUUUGCUAGAUGAAUGUACAAGUGCUGUCAGCAUUGAUGUUGAAGGGAAGAUAUUCCAGGCAGCAAAGGGAGCAGGGAUAUCUUUGCUUUCAAUAACACACAGACCAUCUCUUUGGAAAUACCACACUCACUUGCUACAGUUUGAUGGGGAAGGAGGCUGGCGCUUUGAACAGUUGGACACUGCUAUCCGCUUAACCCUCAGUGAGGAGAAACAAAGACUAGAAUCCCAGCUUGCAGGAAUGCCAAAAAUGCAACAGAGACUGAAUGAACUUUGCAAAAUCUUAGGUGAAGAUUCUGUGCUUAAAACGAUGGACAAAGAGGAAUAAAUGAUUUAGUUUUUA